AUGAGACUGACGACAAAAAUUGUCCUCCUGUCUUUCGCUCUUGGCGCCGUUCAGGCGUCCUGGUUCGGGUCCGAUAAACAUAAAGACCAAGCAGAAUACUCCUCUUGGUCUCCUACUCAGCUGAGCGCUUGGCUAGUGUCUCAAAAUGUCCCAAUUCCUACGACCUCACCCGGGCCAUCAAUUGCCGAUCUGCAGUCUCUUGUUGCAGCCCAUUGGGGUACCGCAGCCGCAUCCGCUUCGUCUUGGACUGCAGAGCAGACACAGUGGGCUGCAGAUCGCGCAGGCACCGCACAGCAAGCCAUUCUUGGUUCGUAUGGAAGUUUGAAGCAAGACGCAUUUGACGCAUGGGAUGAAUCCCGUCUACGCGAGUUCCUCCUUGAGCAAGGUGUCGUCGCACCCAGUGGACUUCGUGAACAGCUUGUGCUCCUCGCGAAACAGAAAUGGGCACAAGCGAGUGCCGCUGCUUCCACACACAGCAAGUCCGCGAGCAGCCUCGUCAGUGACGGUGGAAAAAGUAUGAGCAGUGCAAGCAGCGCUGGCAGUAGCGCAGCAAGCCAGGCAACAGCUAGCGUCUCCGCGGCGUUGGACGACACGAAAGAUUACAUUUACUCGACGUGGGACGACAAUGCUCUCAGAGCAUAUCUUGAGUCUAAGGGUGUCUUGGAGUCUAAACAGGAGGCUUCGAGAAACCAGCUGCUGCAGUGGAUGCGCGAUACAUACGCCAAAGCUGCAAACCCGAUCUGGGAAGCUUGGAGCGAUUCUUACAUUCAUCAAUGGUUGGUGAACAAUGGUAUUCUCCGUUCGGACAUCCAAAAGAGGCGCGACGAAUACUUGGUGCUGUUGAAGCAAUACUACUAUGGUCCUCAGGACACCGCGUACUCAGCUUGGAAUGAUUCGCAAAUGAAACAAUGGCUCGUGGAACAUAACGUGCUGAAGACUGAUGCGCAGGUCAACAGAGAGAAAUUAGAGAAACUUUUGUCGGAUAAUUAUGCGCAUGCGCAUGACACUGUCUGGAGUGCAUGGACGGAUUCGGACAUGAAGGCAUGGCUCGUUGAGCAUAAAUAUAUUAGGAGCGACGCCGAAAAGACACGCGAUGAACUAGUCAAACUUAUGCACGAGAAGUACUCUGAUUUUAACUCACGUACGGCGCCAUAUCUUGUGUGGCCCGACGCACGGCUGCGUGCCUACCUGCGUCAACAUGGCGUAAGCGAACAAGCAGUGCCAACGACUCGCCCGGGCUUGUUACAAGAGGUGCGCAUUCGCUACGUGCAGACAACCGGGCGAGCAGAAGCACUCUUCGGGAAAGUGAGGGAUGUAAUCAAUGAGGGCGUUGAAGUCGCAGAGGACAAGCUCGGCAGGGUGUUGGAAAUUCUCACUGGUGGGGCAGAGAGUGCAAAGGCAAAGACAGGCGAGGGAAUGCAAGCGGGAGGUGAAAAAGUCCGCGAUGCAGGAGCGAAGAUGUCCAAGGGUGAACUUUGA